AUGGAUUUGUAUCUGAUUGGAUAUUUGAUGUGUGUGUGGUUGUCCAGCUCACGGGUGCUUGGAGGCUAUCCCAUCUGGUGGUCCCUGGCCCUCGGGCAGCAGUACUCGUCUCUGGGCUCCCAACCCAUCCUGUGCGGCUCUAUCCCUGGCCUGGUGCCCAAGCAGCUGCGUUUCUGUCGCAACUACAUCGAGAUCAUGCCCAGCGUCGCCGAAGGUGUGAAGCUGGGGAUCCAGGAAUGCCAACACCAGUUUAGGGGCCGGCGAUGGAACUGCACCACCAUCAAGGACAACCUUGCCAUCUUUGGCCCUGUGUUAGAUAAAGCAACCAGAGAGUCAGCGUUCGUCCACGCUAUCGCCUCAGCGGGCGUCGCAUUCGCGGUGACGCGCUCCUGUGCCGAGGGCACGUCCACUAUGUGCGGCUGCGACUCCCACCACAAGGGACCUCCAGGGGAGGGCUGGAAGUGGGGUGGCUGCAGCGAGGAUGCAGAGUUUGGGGUGCUGGUGUCCAGAGAGUUCGCCGACGCCAGGGAGAACCGUCCAGAUGCUCGCUCGGCGAUGAACCGGCACAACAACGAGGCAGGACGCACGACCAUCCUCGACCACAUGCACCUGCGCUGCAAAUGCCACGGCCUGUCAGGAAGCUGCGAGGUGAAGACGUGCUGGUGGGCGCAGCCGGACUUCCGCAUGCUGGGCGACUACCUGAAAGACAAGUACGACAGCGCCUCGGAGAUGGUGGUGGAGAAACACCGUGAGUCGCGCGGCUGGGUGGAGACGCUGCGGGUCAAGUACGCCUUCUUCAAGCACCCCACCGAGCGUGACCUGGUCUACUACGAGGGCUCGCCCAACUUCUGCGAGCCCAACCCGGAGACAGGCUCCUUUGGGACACGCGACCGAGUCUGCAACGUGUCGUCACACGGCAUCGAGGGCUGCGACCUGCUGUGCUGCGGCCGCGGCCACAACACCCGGACUGAGAAACGCAAAGAGAAGUGCCACUGCAUCUUCCACUGGUGCUGCUACGUCAGUUGUCAGGAGUGCGUGCGCGUCUACGACGUGCACACGUGCAAGUGA